AAAAAUGGGGCCGUGAGUCGGUGACGUUACAUCAUGAGCAGUGCUGUGUUGUCACCAGCUGGACAGAUUACAACACGAAGCUAAACGUGGAUGUGUCUUUAAAUACGUAGUGAAUUCGCAGCGGGCAUGGCGUAAAGAUCGGCGCCCGGUUCACGUCGAUGGCAUGAUGAGAUAUAACGUUACGCCGCGGCCACGUUGGACUGGCGAUCAGAAGAAGCUAUCGGUUUGACUAUAGACAUCGAUAAGCCCAAAACUGAUAAGUGCCAAUAGAGGUCGGAGUUGAAGCUGAUCUCCACGCACAGCUGCCAACAUGAACGUGGGCACAGCACACAGUGAGGUGAACCCUAACACCAGGGUCAUGAACAGUCGGGGCAUCUGGCUCUCCUACAUCCUGGGCAUUGGUCUCUUGCAUGUGAUUCUGCUCAGCAUUCCCUUUGCCUCUGUUCCUGUUGUCUGGACACUUACAAACCUCAUUCACAAUCUGUGCAUGUACCUCCUGCUUCACACGGUCAAAGGAACUCCAUUUGAGACUCCAGACCAGGGCAAGGCCAGACUCCUGACUCACUGGGAGCAGAUGGACUAUGGUGUGCAGUUCACAGCUUCAAGAAAGUUCCUCACUAUCACACCUAUUGUCUUAUACAUCCUCACCAGCUUCUACACCAAAUACGACCAGGCCCAUUUUGUGGUCAACACGGUGUCGUUGCUCACCGUUCUCAUCCCCAAACUGCCUCAGCUGCACGGAGUGAGGAUUUUUGGGAUCAACAAGUACUGACCGGACAGCCUUGUGCGGCGCCCUCUUGUGGGCUGCAGUGAACAGUGUCUAAGGCUGCUCUUUAAGGUCUGGGCGCGGUGUGGACUAAAUGAAGCCUUAGGGGGAUACUGCCAUGGUACUAGAGACACAUUACAGUUACAGGAGGCACAAAGGGAGCGCGUUCUGUUGUUAUUGUGUGUAGCUCAUCUCUUGGUGGAAUCAUAGACACUUAAAAAGGGAGUGUUUGCAAAUGUUUCUGUAGAAAUAGACUGGCAUCAAGGGGCAGGAUGCUCUUGCUGCACAAAAAUCAUGUGCCAUUUUUCAUUUGUUGGCACACACAGACAACAGAAGCUAUUUUGUACGUGAUAUGAUACAGUGCUGUAUUUAUUCAGCUUUACUUUUACAUGAAUCCUUCUCUUUUACACAGGUUUUGUAGACUAUAGAGGGAAGGCAACAAUAGAAAUAGUAAGGAGACUGAACUGCUGAGAAGCAAGACACAAGAAACCACACAGAUUUAUAUUUAGCCCUCAGGCUUCCUCAGCAUCGGGACGCCAAGUCACUCUUUUUUUAACUGACCAUGCCCAUAUUUGGAGCACUCUUGUCCUAGAUUUCAAAUAUUAUAAAGCCUGUCUGGUAAAGGGAGUCCUGUAGGCUUUAGAGAAGUGUGCAAUCUCGAUGCAUAUUAACUACAAGGGUUGUCAAAAGUAUCAAAAAUAAGAUACUAAUCAAUAUUAAAACUAGUAUCGAAACUAGAUACUAAUUUGAACAAGAUACAUUGGGAAAAAAAUCCCAUACAGAGGACAAAAUUUGACUUUUUUUGAAGUUUUAGAAAAAUCUUGAACUUCUCAGACCUAGAAAAAGACAUUUUAAAGUCUGUGGUCUAAAAAUUCUAAUUAUGUGAGUAUUGAAAUUGAGUUUGAAAUUGUAGUAUCCUGACAACAGUAAUAGUGACACUAAUUUUGUGAAUACAUAAAGAUGCACUCGUUAGCACUCAGGAUAUUGUGACAAACGGUACAGAGACGGUUCAGUUUUUGAGUAGUGUUAUUCAGGGCCUACAGAACAGAAAUAUAUUGACAAUUGCCAAUCAUGAUGUAUUUUAAUUUGCAUAUAAACAUGUACAGUGUUCAGAUAGCUAUGAAUGCAUUUCCCUUACUUAAACCUACUUUUAAUUGUAAUCCUGACAAUUUAUUAACCAAGAGUAAAGACAGUGCAUUCAUUUCUUCCUGUGUGCUAAAAUGUGCAAAAUUGAAGGGCCCGUAUUACGCUAUUUUCUGAUCUGUUAUAAUGUUGUUUCUUCAUCAAAAACAUUACUGGAGUUGUGUUUUGUUUCAUUCACACACGUUUAACACACAAACUCUGCAUAUUUAGGCUGUGUUCUUCUCUCAAAACACUCUGUUGCACCUAGUGAUGUCGUAAUGUCCUGUAGUAAUACAGGAAGUGUUUUCAAACUCCUUACACCUUCAUUCGAAUCAUUUGGAUGAUUUCAGCCCUGGAAUUGUCAAUCUGUACUGAACUAAAUGUAAAAGGUAGCUGUUCACUUGAAAACUACUGCUUCAUGACAUCACAAUGUGGAACAGAGCAUUUAGAGCUUUGGAGAUGUAGACAGUCUAAUUAUAAAAGUUACUCAAACGUGUGUUCAGGUGUGUUUUUGAUGAGCUAACAGCAUUUUAACUUGGCCUAAUAGCUCACAAGAGUUCAUUUUGCGUAAUAUAGGACCUUAAGUUGUUUACAUCUGUUUUGGCUCCAUAGACAAAAGUUUUACAUAAUGUUUAAAUAAUGCAUGCCUCUUUUUAGUCUGUUUCUCAUAGUGACGUACUUCAGCGUUCUAUGUAUGUCCGUGCAUCAUGGGACAUUUUAGAAAGAUUUCAAUCCUAUUAGAAGUAAUGUUAUUCUAAAGAUCAUGUGAAUGUAAUAAUAAUCAUAUGAAUUCAAAUACUUGUUUGAGACAAUUUUGUCAAUUAAGUUGCAGUAUGUUGUUUUUGAUUACUUUACCAGUAUAGUGUCCACAACCUUUCAACAGUUUAGAUUUUUUCAGUUAAGGCAUUGUAGCACUUUUGCUAAUAUUUUAGCAUUUCAAAUUGUAAAAAGCUGCAGAUUUAUUUUAAAAACAUAGAUUUACAUUUGAAAUGGUUGAGUUUUUGCUCCAUGUUUUACCCCUUCUUCAUCAUUACCAUAAGGGCUUAAUUAUGGACGUUCACUCUGUAGCACAAACUGACCAUGUAUUUGAUUUUCUGAAAGUGUAAUGUGGUAAAAUGUGAAAUCGUGCUUAUGGUUGUUGACUGGUGUUUUGUGAAGGAAAAGUGUGAUCUAGUGUCAAAAUGCUUGAUCUC